UUGAUAAAACUAAAUAUCUCUUACAAUUAAUUUUUUCUUGGUAUUAACGGUUAAUUAAUUCGAAUUAUUAAAAUUUAUGUUGUAUUAAUAGAUAUACUUAACAAUUAGCUACUUAACAGUUUAGAUGUAUAAUUCAUAAAAAAGAAUUCAUCUUAUGUGUUAAAAGCAUACUUAUAAAUAGUUAUAGUUAUAAAUGGUUUUAGAAAUUGGUGUAUUCGUCUGGUGAUAAUUUUUUUAGUAUCUUUACAGAUUUAAUAUCUUAAAUCUAUUUUAAUGUCGUCUCAAAAAUAUGCACAAGCUUCAACGUAUGCUGAGGAAUGGAGAAAAAAUAACCUUUACAGAAAUAAAUGCAAAGUCAUAAAAAAAAUUAUAAAAGAUACAGUAUUUGAGAAUGCAUCUGUAUGUGAUGAAAUAUCACACAUUCAAGAAAAAUUGCUGAUUGUAAGAGAAGAAUGCAAGUUUCUAAUAAAAAAAAUGAAACAAUUCGAACCCCAAUUUGACUUGGAAGCUGCAAAUAUUGAAUCUAAUGCAAUUAAAAAAACAUCAGUGAGGAAAAAAACUAAUCUAAAUGGAGUCCCUAAACCUAAACGACUUAAUUUAAAAAAAAAGAAGAAUUUGGAAGAAUUAGAAGUACCUAUAUCUAUUGGUAGUGUAACAAUUCUAAAUUUUGGUCAAAUUGUGUAUGACACACCAUUUUAUCAUACAGAUUGUGCUGUUUAUCCUGCUGGCUACUAUGCAACUAGAAUCUAUGCUCAUUAUAGAAGUAUUAAUUCUAAAUGCAUUUAUCACUGUAGAAUCAUAAAAGCUGGUACUUCACCUAGAUUUGAAAUAAUAGAUCAAGAAAAAAAUUUCAAAGUUACUGGUUUAAGUAGCGAUGAAUGCCAUAGUCAUUUAAUAUCACUUAUAAAUAAAUUACUUGGCACAGAUGAUUUAAUACCAUCAAAUAAUAAUGGGGACUUAUUUUUUGGAUUAACUUUACCUACAGUGCGUUUUCAGUUACAAAAAAAUAAUGAAAUCAAAUUUUGCAAAGGAUAUGUCUCAUUAUUGCAGCAACCUGAUAACCAUUCUGAUAAUUUUAAUGAAAAUGAUCCUUCUGUGAGUUAUGAUGGACUUCAAGAAUAUCUGAAAAAAUUUCAUACUAGAUAGAUUUGAUUAUAUAUUAAAACAUUUAAUAUUGUACAAAAUAUUAAUUUUUAAUUUUUUAUAGAACUGAUAUUUUUUUUUAUUCAGUAUAUGGAUUGUAAUUAAAAUUCACGAUUUUGUUUAAUAUAUCAAGUGUAUAUUUAAAUAUAAAAUAUAUAUUUUUUUUUUAUUGCUUUAUCAGCCCAUUAAAGGCCAUAGCGGUCUCCUCCAAAAGAGGGAGGAUG